UGGACCGAAAUGACUUCGUUGGAAGAGCCUAGGCCACGUCGGUUCAGCCGAAUUGCGCCAGACAGCGACGAGUCGACAUCAUUUUUCAUGUCGUCAGAAACAUUACCCACCGAGUCUGCUAUCAUGACUCCAGUAGGAUCUUUGCAUCACGAUCUGGAUACACCCAGAGCUUCUUAUCUUCCUCCUUGGACAGAACCGUAUAUCAUUGGAGUCGCAGGGAACUCUGGAUCUGGAAAAACCUCCAUUUCGCAGAAAGUUAUCCAGGAAUUGAACCAACCAUGGACGAUUUUGCUUUCGUUUGAUAACUUCUACAAUCCUUUGAACGAAGAAGAAAGAAAGCAAGCCUUCAACAACAAUUUUGAUUUUGAUACCCCAGCCUCUUUGGAUUUGGAUUUGUUAGUGAAAACGGUGAAAUCUUUGAAAAGCGGUGAGAAAACACAAAUUCCGGUGUACUCGUUCCAGCACCAUAAUCGUACCAAUAAGUCUACGACCAUCUACGGAGCCAAUGUGAUCAUUAUUGAAGGUAUUUAUGCCUUGUAUGACCAGAGAUUGCUUGACUUGAUGGACUUGAAGAUUUACGUCGACACGGACUUGGAUAUCUGUUUGUCUCGAAGAUUGACCAGAGACAUCUUGUAUCGUGGUCGUGACUUGGCAGGUGCCAUCAAACAAUGGGAGACGUUUGUCAAACCUAACGCCGUCAAACACGUCAACCCGACUAUGAACAACGCCGACUUAGUGAUUCCACGAGGCUUGGACAAUCUGAUUGCCAUCAACUUGAUGAUAAAACAUAUUCAGAUCCAACUAGCACUUAAAAGUUCAGCGCAUUUGAAGUACUUGAAGGAGUUGGGUGUUAAUAUCAACUUCGAUGUGUCCAAAUACAACAUUAAGGUUUUACCGGCAAAUAACCAGACGAAAGGAAUCAACUCUUUACUCUUUGACGUCAAUACUGAGAGGUCAGAUUUCAUCUUUUAUUUUAACCGUAUCAGUGCACUUAUUAUAGAGUUAGCAUUAGAGUUGGUUACAGACUAUGAGCCUGUGCGCAUUAACGACAACUUCAACGGCUUGAGAAUGGUUAACGAGAUCAUGGCAGUUAAUAUUAUCCGUUCGGGAGAUUGCUUUAUGUCUUCGAUCAAAAGGACUUUUCCAGAAAUCAGCAUCGGAAAGCUUUUGAUUCAAAGUGACUCUAGAACUGGUGAACCACAAUUGCAUUUUGACUCCUUGUCAAAGGAAAUGAGCGGAGGAAAGAAGAUCUUGUUGUUUGACUCCCAGAUCAUUAGUGGAGCUGCGUCCAUCAUGGCUAUCCAGGUAUUAAUUGACCACAAGGUGAACGAAGAGGAUAUCAUCUUAUGUUCGUAUCUUUCCACAGAGAUAGGAUUGCGUCGUAUCGUUAACGUUUUCCCCAAGGUCAACAUUGCAGUUGGUAAAUUGUCUGAAAAGAAAUGGUACAAUGAGGAAAUGUUUAAGGAUAGCGACUGGCAUUUUAGAAAUAGAUUUAUAGACAGUUUGUACUUUGGCACGGACUGA